AUGGUGUGUUCCAACAUUGAUUCCUUGGAUGACGUCAUGGUAACCCUUAUCUCCCACAUUAUGAUCAAGAAGAAUAACAAAGUUCAGGCUGUUGUUGAUCCACAGACUGUAGUGCGUGUGGAGUUUUUCACAAAUGAGAAGUCAUUUAAAGAGAGGCUGCAGCUGUAUUUCAUCAAAAACCAACGCUCAAGUUUGCGUAUUCGAAUCUUCAACCUUGUAAUCAAGUUAUUAACGUGUGUCCUGUAUGUGGUGCGUGUGCUCUCGGACACAUCUUUCUUGCCUCCAAAUUGUGUGCCAGGUAGCGAUGUAACCAAUGGCACGACAGCUCGUAACAUAUGCUGGGACAUCAUUGACAAAGAUGAAUUUGUGGAGAAUCCAACCAUCCAUUGGGAGCGUAUCUGGUGGGUGGAGAGAGGGGUUGCUCUGCACAUCGUUCAGGUUACCGUGGCGAUAAUCAGCCUCUCAGAGACUAUACUGGUGCAGUACCUCAGUUACAAGGGGAACAUUCUGCAACAGAUUGUGUCCAUGGAAUUCAUCCUAGAGCUGUGUCUGACAGUUCCAUUUAUAGUCACUAUCUUCUGGCCAUCACUAAGAGGGCUGUUCAUCCCAGUUUUCCUGAAUUGCUGGCUUGGCAAGCAGUCAAUGCAGAACAUGUUUAAUGACCUUCAUCGGGUGAUGCAGAAGUCUCAGUCAGCUCUUGCUCAGCAACUAAUGAUCUUGUGUGCAACUUUGAUAUGCCUUGUCUUUACCAGUGCCUGUGGUAUCCAGCAUCUACAACGAGGAGGAAACCGUCAGCUGGACUUGUUCCAGAGUACGUACUUCACGAUAGUCACUCUGUCCACAGUCGGUUAUGGAGACAUCUACCCCGACAUAUGGCCCAGCCAGAUGUUCAUCAUGGGCAUGAUCACAGCCGCCCUGCUCAUUCUCCCCACUCAGUUUGAGCAGCUAGCGUACACUUGGAUGGAGCGACAGAAGCAGGGCGGGGCAUACAGCAGUCACCGAGCACAGACGGAGAAACAUGUUGUAGUCUGCACCACGACCUUGCAGGCAGACACUGUCAUGGACUUCCUGAAUGAGUUCUACUCGCACCCAAAAGUGCAGGACUACUUUGUGGUACUACUUUCUUCAUGUGACCUGGACCCCACUAUGAAGGUGUUGCUGCAGGUGCCCAUGUGGGCCCAGCGUGUUAUUUUCAUCCAGGGCUCGGCCCUUAAAGACAUUGACCUGGCCCGGUGUAGGGUCCAGGACGCAGAGGCCUGUUUCAUCAUCUCGUCACAAAACGUGGAACAAAAGGAUGCUGCGGAUCAACACACCAUCAUGAGAUCCUGGGCCAUCAAAGACUUCGCCCCAGAGUGUCCACAGUAUGUCCAGAUCUUCAGACCAGAGAACAAGUUUCACGUCAAAUUUGCAGAGCACGUUGUCUGCGUGGAUGAGUUCAAGUAUGCGCUGCUCGCCAACAACUGCCUGUGUCCUGCCACCUCCACCCUGGUCACAUUGUUGCUGCACACGUCAAGAGGACAGGAAGGUCAGACGUCUUCUGAGGAAUGGCAGAGGUUGUAUGGGCGUUGCUCUGGUAACGAGAUUUACCACGUGAGAUUGGGCGAGAGCAAGUUCUUCGGGGAGUACCUCGGGAAAAGCUUCACUUAUGCCUCGUUUCACGCUCAUAGAAAAUAUGGAGUCAGUCUAGUGGGUGUCCAGCAGAACUCAGGCCUCUCUACUAUCCAGCUCAACCCGGGUCCCCGGCACAUCAUGCGCGAGUCUGAUCUCUGCUUUUACAUGAAUAUCACUAAGGAAGAGAAUUCAGCGUUCAUCCUUGCUCACCCCAACCAGGAUGACGCCAAACCUGAUAAGAAGCAGGGGCCAUCAUCAGAGCAGACGUCGAAAGUCGCCAGUGUGAUUGCGAGCGUCGGCUCAAUGGCGCUCGACCUUCAAAACACUCGACUCAUGACUAGCCAAUCGGAAAUGAAACGCACAGGGAGUCGCAAGUCUCAGCUGGAGCUACCGAAGGGUCUGUCACACGUGAACCUCCAGAAGAGACCGAGUAUCGCGCCGGUACCCGCAUAUCUGGAGUUCGGAGACAUCACUGUACAUGUGGAGGAUGACACGGGAUCAGAGGACAGCUUCCCGUUCGCUGAUGAGGACGACGAUAAUCCGGAAUACGUGCGAGGUUUCCCACCUAUCACUCCUUACAUCGGGACGAGUCCCACGCUCUGUCACCUCAUGAGAGAUAAACGUCCCCUCUGUUGCCUUCAACUUUCUCAAAUCUGUGAUCACUGUUGCUAUAACAACGCCAAGGAGUACAACUGGCCGAACCGUGCAAUCAUCGUUGCCGCGGACUAUGCCAGUAACGGACUCUACAACUUCAUCGUUCCCCUGCGAUCUCACGCACGUCCGAGCUACACUCUUAACCCUAUAGUGCUGAUCCUUGAGAAGACGCCAGACAUGACCUUCCUGGAGACAAUAUGUCACUUUCCAAUGGUCUAUUGGAUGUUGGGGUCCAUUGAACAAAUAGAAGACCUCCUGCGUGCUGGUAUCAACCUUGCAGACAAUGUGGUGAUAGUCAACAAGGAAAGCUCAAACUCCCAGGAGGAGGAAACUCUGGCAGACUGUAACACCAUUGUAGCUGUACAGACUAUCUUCAGGCUAUUUCCCAGUGCGAACAUCAUUACUGAGCUGACCCAAUCCUCCAAUAUGAGAUUCAUGCAGUUUCGGGCCAACGACCUCUACUCGUAUGAGCUCUCCAAACGGGAAAAGAAAGAAAAAGAGAGGGGUUCCCACAUCUCCUACAUGUUCCGACUGCCGUUUGCUGCUGGGAACGUGUUCAGUGCGAGCAUGUUAGACACACUUCUCUACCAGGCCUUCGUCAAAGACUAUGUGAUCACAUUUGUGAGACUUUUGCUGGGAAUAGACCAGGCUGUUGGCUCCGGGCAUCUCUCCUGUAUGAAGAUUACUAAUGAUGACUUGUGGAUACGAACGUACGGUCGUCUGUACCAGAAGUUGUGCUCCACCACCUGCGAGAUACCCAUUGGUAUAUACCGGACACAGGCGAAAACCUGCCGAUCACCUCCGGUGAAUCACUCGGCCCUUGAGUAUCUGAUUCAUCGAAAUGGAGCCAAAAGCUCCUCACUCAUAUCGAGAGAUCAAUCUGCGCUAAAUUUAGCAUUUAGAAAUUCAGUUAAAGGCAGUCGCUAUAGAAACCGUGCUGGGGUGUCACUCAACAUGAUGUCAAUGGCAGAACACCAUCGUAAGGACGGGAAAUCAAGGGUGAUGAACCCUGAACGACACGAGAUAAGCCAACUUGUGAAAUGUCGAAUGCAGAGCCUUGGUCAACCCCUUGAAGACUACGAUGAAACAAAUGAGAAGAAGGAUACAAUUUCUUAUGUGGUGAUAAACCCAAGCUAUGACCUCCACCUUUGCUUGGGGGAUAUCAUGUAA